CUUUCCGCCGUCAAAGGUCAGAGUUCCCUUCGGCGCUUGAAGGGCCGCCAUGGCGUUCGGCGGCGCCGCUGCUGUCCGGCUGCGGCCUCUCCAGCUGCUGCGGCCGCUGGCGUGGAAGGCGGCGGCUCCGAGCGGCGCCCGUGCCGCUUCGGACACGCCAAAAGACUUGCUGCCUGGGCCUUACCCCAAAACUCCGGAGGAACGGGCAGCUGCGGCAAAAAAGUACAACAUGAGACUGGAGGACUAUGAACCUUAUCCAGAUGAUGGCAUGGGUUACGGUGACUAUCCCAAGCUUCCUGACCGAUCCCAGCAUGAGAGAGAUCCUUAUUAUCAGUGGGACCAUCCUGAGUUAAGGCGUAACUACGGCGAGACACUGCACUGGCAUUUUGAUAUGUUCAUCCGGAACCGGGUUGACACAUCUCCCACUCUCGUGCCCCGGAACACAAUGUUUAAGUACCUCUUCGGCUUCGUUGGCUUCAUGGUCUCCAUGUUUGUUCUUGGCGAGAUAUUUCCGUCCUACCAGCCUGUGGGCCCAAAGCAAUUUCCCUAUGGCGACCUGCAUGUGGCACGAGGUGGGGAUCCCAGCGAAACACCCGUGGUGAAGCACUAUGAGAUAUAAGGAUGGCUGGAACUGCAACUCCUCUUUAAUCCUCUCUGAUCAGGAUUAUCUAUAAAACAAACUGUACACCACUCUUCUCAA